AUGGUCCCCCUCCUUAAUACCUUACGUCAACGUUUGCCAGCGCCUCGACGAGACCAAGAGGCUCGCCGUGCACGCAAAGAACAAGCUUCAUCUGAGAGUGGGCAAGCAACAUACGAACCUGAGGGGGUCGACAAGCUAGCUCGGGAAGCACCUCCAUGGUAUCGCUGUCCUGCCCGUCGCCAUCUCUAUCUGCUUCUAUUCCCUGGUGCAGUCUGCUCUUAUGCCACAAGUGGAUACGACGGUUCAUUGCUCAACGCUUUGCAAACUGUCUCCCACUUUGAUGAAUACUUCGGCAAUCCCCGUGGUGCGAAACUAGGGCUGAUGAGUGCCAUCAUGGCCCUUGGCAGCAUCUGCUCUACACCUUUUGCGCCUCUGGUUGCCGACCGCUAUGGUCGUCGUUGGGGCAUUACUUUGGGGAGUGUGGUUAUGAUAAUUGGGUCAGUUAUACAGGCCAUGAGCAUCAACCUCUCUAUGUUUAUUGCCAGCAGAUUUCUGCUUGGCUUCGGCCUGUCAUUUGCUACCACGGCGGCCCCCAGUCUAGUCACCGAGCUCUCGCACCCCAAGGACCGCGUGACCAUCACAGCUAUAUGCAAUACUUGCUGGUCUGUCGGCAGUAUCGCUGCUGCAUGGAUUACCUUUGGAACUAGAAAUAUCGAUAGCAAUUGGUCUUGGCGCCUUCCUUCGUUCUUCCAGAUGGCCCCCAGCGUCGUCCAGCUAGCCGCUAUAUGGUUCCUCCCAGAGUCCCCACGCUGGCUGAUUUCGAAGGAUCGAGACAGUGAAGCUCUCGAUGCGUUGAAAAGAUAUCAUGGAAAUGGUGAAGAAACUGAGCUAGUCAAGCUUGAAUAUCGAGAGAUCCGAGCGGCUAUUGAUCUUGAAAAGUCUUCUGGUGCAACAACAUGGAAGUCAAUGGUUAGCACACCCGGAAAUCGGUAUAGAAUGUUCCUGGUGCUUUGCAUGGGCCUAAUGAGCCAGUGGUCUGGAAACGGCUUAAUCUCAUACUACCUCGCCCGUAUUAUGGACUCUGUCGGGAUUACCAACAAAGACACUCAAGCCCUGGUCAACGGGCUACUUAAUGUGUACAACUUCGCUUUGGCUCUGACCACUGCCUUCUUUGUUGAGCGACUUGGCCGUCGUAUCCUCUUUCGAGCUUCUACACUUGGUAUGUUGACUGUUUUUAUCGCAUGGACCAUCGCUUCGGCUAGGUUCCAUGAUACAGGAGCUAGUGAAGCAGGAAUCGCUGUCAUGGCUUUAAUCUUCCUUUACGGUGCCUUUUACAACAUUGGCCUGUCUCCUCUCGCUGUUGCAUAUUCGGUAGAGAUUCUGCCUUUCUCUAUCAGGGCGAAAGGAAUGGCGACCUAUGUAUUCUCAACAAAGGCUGCCGUUUUUGUCAACCAAUAUGUCAAUCCCAUCGGUCUCGAUAGUAUUGGUUGGAAGUAUUACCUAGUCUACGUUGUCAUCCUUGCAGUAGAGAGCUUCAUUGCUUAUGGCUGGUUUGUCGAGACAAAGGGGAAAGCGCUUGAGGAAAUUGCCAUCAUCUUUGAUAAGGAAGCGGCCGAGCAUAUUCAGGGAGAAAAGAAGGAUGGCGAAAAGUUUGUCGUGGAUGUUGAAGAGCAUGAGGUAGCGGGACAGAGGGUUUGA